AUGUUUGCACAAAAGCUGGUUGUGGAUCUGAAUGAAACUGAAGACCCAGAAACUGCUCUCAAGAUACGACUCUUGCAUGUUUGGGGUUAUUACGAUCAAAAAAAUCCAGCUAUCCUCUCUGCAUACUGCAGUCUUUGGACCGAUUCCAAGGGAACCUUGAUUCAGGCCAUCGCACCGCCAAAUUUAGCUCACCGAUUUGGUGCAAUCCUGCAACUAGUAUGUGUGUAUUUAGUUGCUAGAUUCCGUUUGGAACAACCACAAGCGAUGUGGCGCACUUGCUCCUACAGAUUUAGUUUGGUUCUUUCUCAGGAAACUAUAUUCGAGGAUGUGACCAUGUUGUCGCCGGGUUUUUGUGCUGAUUCAUUUGAGUUUGUUCCCUUCAAUUCCUUGCAGUCCUUGCCUCGCUCAACAAACCAACUCAUAGAUGUUGUUGGCAAAGUUGUGUCCAUAGCCGGAUUAUCGUGUUCGGUAACCUCUACUGGCGCUGUUGUUAGGCGGAAGCUGGUCAUACAAAACGAAAGAAACAUACGCCUUAAUAUCACCAUCUGUGGAGAUGUUGCUCGAUCGCUGGAUGGAGAGGAACUAGCAUACCUUGGCCGUUCUGGUUUUGUUAUACUGGGUGUAUGCAGUCUUCAAAUUACUAACGACACAACAGACGCCAUGUUUUUGGCCAGCACCCCCGCUACACGGUUUGUUCUGGAGCCAUCUUCUGAAUUGGCAAAUGUUGUACGUGCUACCUCUCCUGGUGGGACAGAUACUAUCCGAUACUAUCCUUCAUGUUUCUCAACCUCUUUUGAAGAAAAGAUAUUUCGAGCUGAUAGUACCAAGACAGUUAUGGACCUCAUCCACCUUUCCAACAAUUCGAUGGUUGAUGCUACGAAAUACCAUUGUUUGGCACAGGUCCUCUCCGCAGAGUCUUCACGACCGUGGUUUUACUUAGGAUGUGCCUUCUGUUUUAAGACAGCUAGGGAAAUUCCUGGCACUAAUGAUUUUUUGUGUGAUGAGCAUGGCCAGUUGAUGCCUCAAGAAACCGAAAAUUGCUACAAAAUCCAUUUAGCUGUCAGAGACACUACUGGUUCGGCGUGCUUUGUCGCACUUGGAAAGACCGCUGGAUCUUUGAUUGGGUUUACAGCUAACGAGUUAUUGGUGCGACACCCCCAACACCAUGGACAUUUCCCUCCAGAAAUUGUGGCCAUGAAUGGACGCUGGUUUUCAUUUGAUGUUCAGCUUCCUAAACCUGGAUAUUUGCCUCAAACCCCUCUGGAGUUUACUGUCCUCUCUGCAGUCGACCACAGGCAGCCUCAGCAAUAG